AUGGAUGUACCUGAAUUAGAGCACUGUCUAUUUUAUAAUUGGUUAAUUAAUGAUUUUAUUGAUUUAUACUUGAAAGCUCAAAACAUUUGUUCAUUAGUUCUCGUUCCAUCAUCAAAUGUAACAAAGUAUGAUUAUAAUAGAGAAUUCGUUGAAUCACAUUUAUUUCGCUCAUCACCAUUAUUCAAAGGAAAACAUAUUAGUUUAAAUCUAAAAUAUGAAAUAUCAGUUGAAGAUAAUCGUACAAUUCAUAUUUAUAAGCCAACGACAGAUAAAUUAAUUAAAAUAUUAGAUCAAGAAAAUGUUUUUGAUAGUUCAACACAGCGUUCAUAUAUCAUAUUAAUUAUUGAUCGACCAUUAAAUUCUACCUCGACAUUAACAUCACCAAUAACAUCAAAAUCGAAAUAUACAUUUCAUCUAACAACAGCUAGUUAUGAAACAGCAUUUAUCUUCUUAGAUGCUCUACGUCCUAUUGAAGAUUUGUUUACAAAAUUACGAACAAGUUUACUUCUAUUUAUCGAAACAUAUGUUAUCUUACCAAAUUUUAUCGAUGAUGCUGUUAAUAAACUAAAUCAUUUAUGGAUAAAUUUCGUUAAUGAAGCUUGUCAGAUAUUGAAUAUUGACUCAUCAGCAACAUUCAGAAAAUCACCGUAUGUACAAUUAACAACACGACAAGAUAUUGAAUUAGCAAGUGAGAUAUUUAUAACCGGAAAUGUGUACACAAAAAAUUGGCCAGCUGUAAUAACAUAUACAGAAAUGAAAGAUGAUCGGUUAUCUCAAGAAAUUUUAAAAUAUCAAUGUAAAACUGCUAUUCGUUCAUCAACAGCAGAAGCAACGACUGGCGAUAAUUAUACACCAGUAUUAGCAGAACUUAAAAAACUAGACUAUCUUAAAUCAUCAUUUGAAAAAGCAGCAUGUAUUCGAUCAACAUUAGACUUACUAUUAGCAACAAUGAUACAACAACAACAACAGCAGCAGCAGUCGACUGAAAAUGGUGUAACAGUUAAAUAUACAAAAAAUCAACCACAACAACCCAUUGCAGCGGAUGAUACAUUAACAUCAUUUAUUGAUCUAUUAACACAAUCAGAUAUGAAAAAUAUUGUAGCGCAUGAAUACUAUACAAUUACGUUCAAAUUUUUACCAUUACCUCAAGAUGUUGAUUAUGCUGUAACAACAUUUCGAGCGUCAAUCGAAUAUUUAAGUGAAAAAAAAUUUCUGUUAAAUUAUUAG